AUAGUGUCGAGUAGUUAGCUGUCAACAAACUGAAGUAGUCAUUUUGGACUAUUGUUAUUUAUAAAGACCAACAUGCAUUGAUACUAGACCCGUGAUUUUACGGAGCGAUGUUACAGCUGUUUUAAAGAGCGUUUUGAACCGAAGAGGAAUUGUGACGAGUUCUUAAUUGUGUUGUUGACUUACUAGCUUGGUGGCUAGCUAGGUCAGCUAGAAAGCUUGUUAAAUAUUACUGGUUCAGCGGCCAGUUGAGAUUCAUUAGCUAGUAUUAUUUUUAGAAGGCAUCAAAACAGUCGGUUCCUGCCAUGGCUGACAGCAGCAUAUUGACUUUAGGGACAGCUCGGAGUCUGUUGGUGGAUUCUUCGGUCUAUGAUUCCAGGAUUGCUGAAACCACCAAGGAUCAUGUAUUUCUGGGCAUGGCAUGUGAAGAUGGGGAAGAUAUGCUGCCAAAAGUGGAGACACGGGUUGUUCUGGUGGGAGAAGCAGGCAGAAAUAGAGAGCUGGCCAAAGCACUGCAGGACAUCAACACCCCAUUCAUAAUGACAGAUAGCGUCCAGGAGUUUGGGGAUGGAGAGAACACUGAGUUUGAGACGGUGUUUGUUCUCACAGACUUUGAUUCUCCUGAAUACAACUACCUCUACAAACAUGAACACCGCAUUGUUGGGCCUCCUGUUGUGCUGCACUGUGCUGCGAAGGAUGAACCUCUCCAGUUUUCAUGUCGACCUCUCUACUCCACCACCAUGUUAAACCUGUCACUGUGUUUCACUGGAUUCAGGAACAAAGAGGAAAUGAAAAACUUGGUGAAUCUGGUUCAUCAUAUGGGUGGGACCAUACGGAAAGACUUUAGCACAAAGGUCACUCAUCUUGUUGCAUACUCGACUCAUGGAGAGAAAUACAGGCUGGCAGUGUGCAUGGGGACACCCAUCCUCACUCCAUCAUGGAUUCUUAGGGCCUGGGAAAGAAGAGAUGAUGUAAAUUUCCAUGCAGGCGACGAGGAGUUUCGAACCGAGUUCAAAGUGCCCCCGUUCCAGGACUGCGUUCUCAGUUUUUUGGGGUUUUCUGAGGAAGAGAAGGCCAACAUGGAAGAGAGGACUCUUAAACACGGUGGCACGUACCUCGAGGUUGGAAAUGAAAGGUGUACGCACAUGGUUGUGGAGGAAAACCUGGUAAAGGAGCUACCAUUUUCUCCCUCCAAGAACCUGUUUGUGGUCAAACAAGAGUGGUUCUGGGGAAGUAUUCAGAUGGAUGCUCGAGCUGGAGAAUCCAUGUACCUCUAUGAGAAGAAUGACAGCCCAGCUAUGAAGAAAGCAGUGUCCCUCCUUUCCCUCACCACCCCAAACAGUAACCGUAAGCGUCGACGUCUGAAGGACACAUUGGCUCAGCUCACCAAAGAAACGGAGAUCUCUCCCUUCCCUCCGCGCAAAAGACCGUCAGCAGAGCACUCGUUGUCUAUUGGUUCACUGCUGGACAUCUCUAAUACUCCAGAGACAUGCAAGGCUUUGGCAGAGAGUUCCAAGCCUUCUAAGAGUUCAACUCCGGUUCUUUCCAAGCAGUCAGCCAGGUGGCAGGUCUCCAAGGAGCUCUACCAAACUGAAAGCAACUAUGUAGACAUUUUAAGCACCAUCCUACAGCUUUUCAAGCAUCCAUUGGAAAAAGAGGGACAGGUGGGUGGACCUAUCCUGGCUCAAGAGGAGAUUAAGACAAUAUUUGGCAGCAUCCCAGACAUCUAUGAAGUUCAUACCAGAAUAAAGAAUGAUCUUGAGGAGCUCCUCACAGACUGGUCAGAAAACAGAAGCGUUGGAAACAUCAUUCUGAAAUACUCUAAAGAGCUGGUGAAGGCCUAUCCCCCCUUUGUCAACUUUUUUGAAAUGAGCAAAGAGACCAUUGUUCGGUCUGAGAAACAAAAACCACGCUUUCAUGCAUUCCUCAAGAUUAACCAGGCCAAGCCAGAAUGUGGCAGGCAGACACUGGUGGAGCUGCUCAUCAGACCAGUACAGAGACUGCCUAGCGUGGCCCUUCUUCUUAAUGACAUAAAGAAACAUACAUCGGAUGACAACCCAGACAAGAUAACACUGGAGAAAGCAAUUGAGUCUCUGAAAGAAGUCAUGACCCACAUUAAUGAGGACAAAAGGAAAACUGAAGGCCAGAAGCAAAUCUUUGAUGUUGUUUAUGAAGUUGAUGGUUGUCCUGCCAACCUGCUGUCCUCCCAUCGCAGCCUCGUUUACCGAGUAGAAACCAUUGCUCUGGGAGAUCAGCCAUGUGACCGUGGUGAAAAUGUCACACUGUUCCUCUUCAAUGACUGUCUUGAGAUUGCAAGGAAGCGACACAAGGUGAUCAAUACAUUCAAGAGUCCGCUGGGACAGACGAGACCACCGCCCCCACUGAAACACAUAGCAUUAAUGCCGCUGUCUCAGAUUCGACGAGUGCUGGACUUGCAAGACACAGAAGAGUGUGUGAAUGCAUUCGCCUUGGUGGUUCGCCCUCCGACUGAACAGGAGAACUUGUUGUUCAGCUUCCAACUGGCUGGAGAGGAAACGGUUAAAAGCGCCUGGCUGCGAACACUUUGCCGCCAUGUAGCCAACACCAUCUGCAGGGCUGAUGCGGAAGACCUUAUUCAGUGUACAGACCCAGACUCACUGCAGGUCAGCACCAAGGAUAUGGACAGCACCUUGAGCAAAGCCUCCAGGGCCAUCAAGAAAACCUCCAAAAAGGUGACAAGAGCGUUUUCUUUCACAAAGACCCCAAAGCGUGUGAUCCAGAGGGCAUUCAUGGCCAACAGUCCUUCAGAUGAGAAAAGCCAGAGGCUGAGCUGUGAAAACCGCGUCGGCAGCAGCACCACGUUGGCUGCACACCACUCACCCUCCAUGGUCCAUCUGCCUACCAUGUUUGAGAGGAAGUAUCACACAUUCAGUCGUUCAACCACCCACCUCUUCUGAAAUGCUUCUGUUUGAAGGCACCAGCAGGAGUCAUUACUAGCCUUUUCCACCUCGUUUGCCUUGACUGACACUAACAGCAAGAUUUGACCACAUAGGUCGAUUUGCAUAAAGUUAAAGCUACCUGUAAAGUACGACAAACUUGUAUUUGUCCAAACUGGUGCUUCAGGCUUACACACAUUUAGCCUAUCCAGAAGAAAUGGCUUUAAGCCAUCAUAAUGCACUGAAUGUAGGGACUUACUGAUAUUUGCCAGUAUCAGAACUGUCCUGCAGUUGUCUGUGGCUUCCUAUCUGAAAUAUGAGCAGCAGUGGGGGCAAGCUGGUCAUAAUUUUUAUGCUUUAUCCAGCUAAUAUUAGUCAUUUUGCUGCGAACUUCCAGGAAGCCAGAAUACCAUUCUUAACUUGGCAAGAUAGGGUAGUAUUGUUUUCUUUUUCUUUUCCCAAACUCACAAUGUUUGAAUUAAAACUGCAUCACUAGGGCCUAACUGGAACGGUACUGUGCCAUGUUUGUUUUUGAUAGCCACUGCUUUGGUCCAGUUUGACUUAAUUUUAAAAAAAUGAAGGACAAAUUUUUAGUUUUUCUUGACAUUUUCUGUGUGUGUCUGUGUACUAGUUACAUUUUCAGUGUUUCUGUUUCCCUAUUCAGCUUCCUGAUUUCUAAGCAACUGCUCAGUGCUGUUCGUGGUUAUAAGCAUAGACCAAGUUUCAUCAUGUUUGUAUACAUGUGGUUUAAAUGGGAAUUUAGUCCCAUCCACGUUUGUUGCUAAAUGCUAUGGUAAAGUAAAUUACAUUCAAUUUUGAAGUUAGGUUUUUUAUUUAACAGGGGAAAAUAGUUAAUCUCUUGUGUCGACUUGUUUUGCCCUUUUUUUUCUUCUUUUUUUUUUAAAUUAACUCACUUUAACUGACAUUUGUUAUUGUUUUAUUGUAGUGUUGUAGGUUUUCUUUCUCUGAAUAUAAUAAUAUUGUAAUUAACUCACCUUGUUAAUGUAAACUUAAGCUUCCAGCUUUUAUAAAGCUUCUAUUUUAACAUUUGAGAGAUUCAGUUCUACAGAUCAAAACCAUAUGUACACUUGUACCUGUUUUAAAAGCCUUUUUACACAACAUCUGUAUCUGUGCGUAUAUUUGAGAAGUGAUGCUGCCUUGGUGUACAUAUUUAUUCUUAGUACCUUUUUGUGUUUUGUUUUUUCCCUGAAUUACAUUAUUUAUGUUUGUUCUCUCGUAUUUUUAAGGCUCUUCUCACCAAGCCUAAUCAUUUCUAGUUCUUUUAUCUCAACAUUAAAUGCACUUAAAAAUGUAUGUUUUCAUUUCAUGAAAA